UUCUGUUAACGAAAACAACUACAAAAACAAUUCAAGUCAUCAAAAUGAAACUUAUUUGCAGUAUUUUAAUCCUUGCUGGAGUUCUUGAUGCAUUUGCGAUGGAAUUACGCGAAAAAGCCCUAAUUCCACAAUUGAUGAAUAUGGCGUUAUGGAAUAAGGACUCAUCUGAAUGUAGCCCGCCAUAUAAACAAGAAAUGAGUGCAAUAUUGGACACAUUCACGAAGGCUGAUGACGAUUGUGAAAAUGCCCUUGAAGCCAAAUUAAAAGAACUCAAUGAAGGUGCAGCACCUACAUUGAAAAAAUUAAGUGGUAGUGUUGCCACCGUAUGCGCGAUUUCGGGUGAAUGCACGGAAUCGGGAGAAGUUGUCGACAAUUUGGACUGUUUCUUAAAAAAGGCCCAGGAAGGCUACCAGACAUUAUUAUCGGUAUCGACUGAAGCUACGACUCAUAGAACUCAGCUAUUGGGGGAUAUUGAAAAUGCCAAGGGUAUUAAAAAUGUAUGCAAAGCGAAAGCCUGGAACCAAUUUUUUGAUGCUUAUAAUGCAGCACAGGAUAAAUUCAACGAUUGUGUUAAUGGCAACACGUUGUAA